AUUUUCUUGCCGGGAAUAAUCUCCGAUCAUCGUCGGAAAUUUUCAAAUCGUUGUAAAAGAAGUUCAAUUGGAUCCCCAGUUAUCUUCUGGGACUUUUAGUUGCUGAAAUCUCUUUCGGGUUUUGUCCUAAUCCUCGUUAGUUUGGGUUUUGUUUUCUAAGAAUAUGGGACAAAAGAGAUGUUUCUUCUUGCUGGCAAUUUUUGCUUGUCUUCUUUCCUUUUCAUGUGGUAGAAGUGUUCUCAAGUUGAAGAGUGAUGAUGAUCGACCUGUUUACAACCAUACGCUUGCCAUUACACUUGUGGAGUAUGCUUCUGCGGUCUAUGAGUCUGAUUUGACUAAACUCUUCACUUGGACUUGCGAAAGAUGCAAUGGUUUUACAAAGGAUUUCGAAGUAAUAGAGAUCAUAUUUGACGUUGAACACUGCUUACAGGCGUAUGUUGGGGUGGCUGAGGAUUUGAAUGCUAUCAUUAUUGCAUUUCGGGGAACUCAAGAACACAGCAUACAAAAUUGGGUCUCAGACUUGUUCUGGAAACAGCUCGAUCUGAAUUACCCUGAUAUGCCAGAUGCAAUGGUGCACCAUGGCUUUUACAGUGCUUAUCACAAUACAACUGUACGGCCUGCAGUUUUGGAUGCAAUAAAACGAGCAAAAAAAGUCUAUGGGGCGAACAUCAACAUCAUAGUGACUGGUCAUUCAAUGGGUGGAGCCAUGGCUUCCUUUUGUGGCCUAGACCUAGUUGUAAAUGAAGGAGAAGAAAACGUACAGGUUAUGACAUUUGGGCAACCUCGUGUUGGGAAUGCCGCUUUUGCAUCUUAUUACAGUUUGCUUGUGCCUAAUACCUUCAGAAUCACGCAUGACCGUGAUAUGGUUCCCCAUCUGCCUCCUUACUAUUACCAUUUCCCUCAAAAAACAUACCACCACUUCCCAACAGAGGUGUGGGUCAAAGAAUUCAGUUUUUCGAAUUUUGUUCUUUUUGGUUUGGAGAAAGUUUGUGACAACACCGGUGAAGAUCCUACUUGCAGCAGAUCGGUGAGGGGAACUAGCAUUUCUGACCAUUUAAGGUACUUUGGGGUGGAGUUGAUGUGUGAGAGUUGGAGACAAUGCAGCAUAGUGAUGAACCAGGAGAUGGAGCGUUACAGCAGGAAAGAUUCAAAGGGUAACAUAUUCCUCUCGCGGAACCUUGCUGGAAUGGGAUGUUUGAGGGAUUCAGUGUUGUGGAGGAAGAAGAAGGGUUCUUUGAUUCUUUGUGGUCGUAAAAGAAGGAUAUGGGACAAAAGAGAUGUUUCUUCUUGCUGGCAGUUUUUGCUUGUCUUGUUUCAUCUUCAUGUGGUAGAGGUGAUAAUGGAACUUCUCCCUCUUGAGUCUCUAUCUGUGAGGCUACAAAUGGAUCAAGACAGAGAACUUAGUGAAGUUAUGGGGACUUUUUUUCUUUUAUUUGCAGUUCUCAAGUUGAAGAGCGAUGAUGGUCGACCUGUUUACAACCAUACCCUUGCAAUAACACUUGUGGAGUAUACUUCUGCGGUUUAUAUGUCUGAUUUGUCAGAACUCUUCACUUGGACGUGCGAAAGAUGCAAUGGUUUGACAAAGGGUUUUGAGGUAAUAGAGAUAAUAGUUGACGUUGAGCACUGCUUACAGGCAUAUGUUGGGGUCGCUAAGGAUUUAAAUGCUAUCAUCAUUGCAUUUCGGGGAACUCAAGAACACAGCAUACAAAAUUGGGUCUCAGACUUGUUCUGGAAACAGCUCGAUUUGAAUUACCCUGAUAUGCCAGAUGCAAUGGUGCACCAUGGAUUUUAUAGUGCUUAUCACAAUACAACUGUACGGCCUGCGGUUUUGGAUGCAGUAAAACGAGCGAAGAAAUCAUAUGGGGCAAACCUCAACAUCAUGGUGACUGGUCAUUCAAUGGGAGGAGCCAUGGCUUCCUUUUGUGCGCUAGACCUAGUCGUAAAUGAAGAAGAAGAAAACGUACAGGUUAUGACAUUUGGGCAACCCCGUGUUGGGAAUGCUGCUUUUGCAUCUUAUUACAAUUUGCUUGUGCCUAAUACCUUCAGGAUCAUACAUGACCAUGAUAUAGUUCCUCAUCUGCCUCCUUACUAUCAUCUUUUCCCUCAAAAAACAUACCACCACUUCCCAACAGAGGUGUGGGUGACAGAACUCAGUGUUUUGAAUAUUGUUAUUCGUGGUGUAGAGAAAGUUUGUGACAACACCGGUGAAGAUCCUACUUGCAGCAGAUCGGUAAUGGGAAGUAGCAUAUCCGACCAUUUAACGUACUUUGGAGUGGAGUUAAUGGGUGAGACUUGGAGACAAUGCAACAUAGUGAUGAGCCAUGAGAUGGAGAAUUACAGCAGGAAAGAUUUAAAGGGUAACAUAUUCCUGUCACGGACAGUUCCUUCCACAGACAUAAUCAAAACAAAAAGUAUAUCCAAAACCGGAAUCUCUAGUCUAUAGGAGUUGGUUGAUGCGAGUCUCAAACAAGAAUACUUGCUGGAAAGAGAGGUUGGGAGAUUCAGAUGUGCAGGAAGAAGAAGGGUUCUUUGAUUCGUUGUGGUCGUCAAAGAAUGUGAACAAAUGACAAUCAAGACA